AGCGGCGUUGGGGAGGGCGAGGCGGAGGCGGCAAAACGGGCGGUCGAGCAGAACGUGUAACCGCGUCCCCUCGAGUCCGCUGCGGGCAGUUGACCUACCUGGUGCACCAGUAUCACACAGUGUUGCUCGAGGAAAAAUAUUUCAAUAAAGUUGCUGAUGCAAGGAAUCCCCUGGGCCCCCGUCCACUCCACUGCUGACCAGCCCAUCCUCCUGCGCUGUGCUUUCCUGCAGGCACCCCUCCCACUGCCUCUGUGGGACCUGGUGACGUGGGGGUCCAUCUGGCCGGAGAAGAAAACCCUCUCAUGCUAGCGUUGCAGACCCCAGAGGGUCCGGUGUGGGUGCUGAGAUGGCCAAUGAGAAUCACGGCAGCCCCCGGGAGGAAGCAUCCUUGUUGAGUCACUCCCCCAGCACCUCCAGUCAGAGCCAGCCCUGUUCUCCAAAGCCCAUCCGCCUGGUGCAGGACCUCCCAGAGGAGCUGGUGCACGCAGGCUGGGAGAAGUGCUGGAGCCGAAGGGAGAACCGUCCCUACUACUUCAACCGAUUCACCAACCAGUCCCUGUGGGAGAUGCCCGUGCUCGGCCAGCACGACGUGAUUUCGGACCCUUUAGGGCUGAACGCGACCCCCCUGCCCCAAGACUCAAGCUUGGUGGAAACCCCCCUGGCUGAGAACAAGCCCCGAAAGCGGCAGCUCUCGGAAGAGCAGCCCAGUGGCAAUGGCGUGAAGAAGCCCAAGAUUGAAAUCCCCAUGACGCCCACGGGCCCGUCAGUCCCCAGUUCCCCCAGCAUCCCAGGAACCCCAACACUGAAGAUCUGGGGCACGUCCCCUGAAGAUAAACAGCAGGCAGCUCUCCUCCGACCCACAGAGGUGUACUGGGAUCUGGACAUUCAGACCAACGCGGUCAUCAAGCAUCGGGGGCCUUCGGAGGUGCUGCCUCCACACCCCGAGGUGGAGCUGCUCCGCUCCCAGCUCAUCCUGAAGCUCCGGCAGCACUACCGGGAGCUGUGCCAGCAGCGAGAGGGCAUUGAGCCCCCCCGGGAAUCCUUCAACCGCUGGAUGCUGGAGCGCAAGGUCGUGGACAAAGGCUCUGACCCCCUGUUGCCAAGCAACUGUGAACCGGUGGUGUCACCUUCCAUGUUCCGCGAAAUCAUGAACGACAUUCCCAUCAGGUUGUCCCGAAUCAAGUUCCGGGAGGAAGCCAAGCGUCUGCUCUUCAAGUACGCAGAGGCGGCCAGGCGGCUCAUCGAGUCCAGGAGUGCGUCUCCUGACAGCAGGAAGGUGGUCAAGUGGAACGUGGAGGAUACCUUCAGCUGGCUGCGGAAGGACCACUCUGCCUCCAAGGAGGACUACAUGGACCGCCUGGAACACCUGCGGAGGCAGUGUGGCCCCCACGUCUCGGCCGCAGCCAAGGACUCCGUGGAAGGCAUCUGCAGCAAGGUCUACCACAUCUCCCUGGAGUACGCCAGACGGAUCCGAGAGAAGCACCUUGCCAUCCUCAAGGAAAACAACAUCCCAGAGGAGGUGGAGGCGCCCGAGGUGGAGCCCCGCCUGGUGUACUGCUACCCAGUGCGGCUGGCCGUGCCCGCGCCCCCCGUGCCCAGCGUGGAGAUGCACGUGGAGAACAGCGUGGUCUGCGUCCGCUACAAGGGCGAGAUGGUCAAGGUCAGCCGCAACUACUUCAGCAAGCUGUGGCUCCUUUACCGCUACAGCUGCAUCGACGACUCCGCCUUCGAGAGGUUCCUGCCCCGGGUCUGGUGUCUGCUCCGCCGGUACCAGGUACUGGCCGGGGCGGCUGGGGGCGGGCUGACCCGGAGGGCGGGGAGGCCGCCCGAGGCUGAGCCAGCCGCUCCGCAGAUGAUGUUCGGCGUGGGUCUCUACGAGGGCACAGGCCUGCAGGGCUCGCUGCCGGUGCACGUCUUCGAGGCACUGCACCGACUCUUUGGAGUCAGCUUCGAGUGCUUCGCCUCGCCCCUCAACUGCUACUUCCGUCAGUACUGCUCCGCCUUUCCCGACACAGAUGGCUACUUCGGCUCCCGCGGGCCCUGCCUAGACUUCUCCCCGCUGAGCGGUUCCUUUGAAGCCAACCCUCCCUUCUGUGAGGAGCUCAUGGACGCCAUGGUCUCUCACUUCGAGAAACUGCUUGAGAGCUCGCCAGAGCCCCUGUCCUUCAUCGUGUUCAUCCCUGAGUGGCGGGAGCCCCCAACCCCAGCGCUCACCCGCAUGGAGCAGAGCCGCUUCAAGCGCCACCAGCUGGUUCUGCCUGCCUUCGAGCACGAGUACCGCAGCGGCUCCCAGCACGUCUGCAAGAAGGAGGAAAUGCACUACAAGGCUGUCCACAACACGGCCGUGCUCUUCCUGCAGAACGAGCCCGGCUUCGCCAAGUGGGGGCCCACGCCCGAGCGGCUGCAGGAGCUGAGCGCCGCCUGCCGGCAGUCGGGCCGCAGCCAUAGCUCCAGCGGCUCCGCGUCCUCAGAGGCCAAGGAUCGGGACUCAGGCCGGGAGCAGGGCCCCAGCCGAGAGCCGCACUCCACUUAACACAGCCUGCGGGGAGGAGGAGCUCCUGGGUGCUGCUGUGGACUGCUAGGGCUCUGGGGGCAGAGUGGAUCCCAGGACCCGCCUCCUGGGGCGGCCACCGAUGACAUAGGAAGACGUGGCUCUGCCAGGGUGCCCCCUCCCUGCCCACGUCCCCCCAACUCCCUGACUCACGCUCACUCCAGGCCCCCUGUAAAUAGGCCCCAUCCUGCCCACCCUUCCUUCCCUCACCCCAUCCUGUUGCCACCUUGUUUCAUUUGUAAAAGGAAAUACAGAAACCCCCCCAA